AGAACUUUUGGAAGCAUGGGAUAAGCGACGAAAAAUGGCUAUUGCAAUUGCUAUUGGUUAUAUAACUCAUACUUUUAUAUUAUCAACAUGUGCUACCUUGCCGAACUAUAUAGAUAGAACACCCCUUGAAAGUGAAUCAGAAAGGGCGUCUAUAAGGGAUACGAUGUUGCAAUUAUUUACCAAACAUCCAUCAGUUUGCCGUCAUAUGACACGCAUGAGUACGGAAGCAUUUGCCAAAUUAGUCCAGAUACUUAAAGGUAGAGGAUUGCUACGAGAUAGUAGACGUAGUAGUGUUGAGGAACAAGUAGCCAAAUUUUUGUUCGUAGUAGGACAUAAUAUUAGAAAUCGUACUAAUGGUGGUAUCUUUCGUCGUUCACCCGAGACCAAUAGCCGACACUUUCAUAAUGUACUUGAAGCCAUUAUAAUGCUAGAAGAUAUAUUCUUGAUCCAACCAGAUGGUUCAAGUGUGCCUCCGGAAAUCCAAAACAGUCAUAGAUUUUCUCCAUACUUUAAGGAUUGUGUUGGUGCUAUAGAUGGAACUCAUUUUCGUGUCAAAGCAUCAUCUGAUAGUGUCAAUAGAUACCGAGGAAGAAAGAAUUUUCCCACACAAAAUGUACUAGCAUCUUGUUCUUUUGAUUUAAAAUUUACAUAUGUCUUACCUGGAUGGGAGGGAUCUGCAUCUGAUUCAAGGAUAAUUAAAGAUGCACUAAGGAGGUUUUAUCUUGUGGAUGCUGGAUUUAUGUUAAAUAGUGGCUUAAUUGCACCAUAUCGAGGUGUACGUUAUCAUUUGAAAGAAUAUUCAAAACGUGCACCAGAAAAUGCACACGAGUUGUUUAACCUUCGACAUUCAUCUUUAAGAAAUGCCAUUGAAAGAGCAUUUGGGGUAUUGAAGAAGCGUUUUCCGAUAGUAGCUAGUGGUACAGAGCCACAUUUUGGUGUUGAUUCACAAACGGAUGUUAUAUUAGCAUGUUGUAUUUUACAUAACUAUUUAAUGGGUAUAGAUCCAGAUGAAGAUUUAAUUGCAGAAGUUGAUGCUGAAAUAUUAGUAAGAAGAAGACAUAGGAGUCGAUUGUUGGUAAACAAUCCAGUUGAGUGUGGACAGGGGAAAAGGAUCAGGGAUAAUAUAGCAAAAGAAAUGUGGAAUGACUAUAUUAAAAGCAGAGGACAUGGUUCAUAAUCAUUUGGUCUAUCAACUUGUUUAAAUUUUUAGGUUUAUCAGUUUGCUAUAUAAUAAUGUUAGAUAUAUUUAUUGAAUUUGAACUUUUUAAAUAGUCAUGGUUAAAUGAUUUAAUGUCUUAUUUGUGUUUGAUUUUCUUUCUUUGUCAAAUUAAGUAUAAUGGAGGAGGUUAAAGAAGUAAAAGUAGAAAAGAAAGGAGGAAAUAUAUGGUGGUCGUCACAAAUGGACAGAGUAUUGGUUGAUGCUCUUUAUGAGC